AUGACCAAAAUACCCUAUCCCAAGGGUAGUUUCUUGAAGCAGUUGUUGGACGCUAGGUACAUCCAACCGUCCAAGGCCCCUUAUGGUGCCCCAGUUCUUUUUCAGAAGAAGAGAGAAGGGACACUGAGAUUGUGCAUUGACUACAGGGCGCUAAACAAGGUGACCAUCAAAAACAAGUAUCCAAUCCCUUUGAUUGCAGAUUUGUUUGAUCAGUUGGGAGGAGCUAGGUACUUCACCAAGUUGGACCUGCACUCAGGAUACUAUCAAGUGAGGAUCGCACCGGGAGAUGAACCAAAGACUGCAUGUGUGACGAGAUAUGGGUCUUACGAGUUCCUUGUCAUGCCGUUCGGCUUGACUAACGCCCCUGCAACCUUUUGCACUCUUAUGAACAAGGUAUUCCAUCCUUUCUUGAACAAGUUUGUUGUGGUUUACAUCGAUGAUAUUGUGGUGUACAGCAAUUCCCAAGAGGAGCAUCUUGAGCACUUGCAGAAAGUCUUCCAAGUUCUGAGGGAGAACAAGCUAUAUGUGAAGAGGGAGAAGUGUUCGUUUGUCCAAGAAGAGAUAGAGUUCCUUGGUCACAAGAUACGGGGAGGACAAUUGCUCAUGGAGGAGGGCAAGGUGCAAGCCAUUCAAGAAUGGGAGCCACCAACCAAGGUACCUAAGUUGCGGUCUUUCCUUGGGUUGGUCAACUACUAUCGCAGGUUCAUCAAGGGAUAUUCAGCCAUUGCCGCCCCCUUGAUGGAUUUGCUUAAGAAGAACAAGGCGUGGGAGUGA